AUGGCUCGAUCCAGGAAUUGCGGCCUCGUGGCCGUGAUCUCGCUGCUUAUCCUGGGGUUGUAUAUCCCGAGCGUUUCCACCUCUCCGCUGGACUUUCUACCAACAGGGCCUGGUCACACCGUCAAUAGACAUGAAAAGAUAGCACCAGGAAAGCUAGGCGCUGUGGCAACGGAGAAUGCGAUCUGCUCGCGACAUGGCAUUGAGAUGUUCGAAAUGGGCGGUAACGCUGCUGAUGCUCUCAUCGCCGCACAAUUCUGCAUCGGAGUCACAUCCAUGUACCACAGCGGCAUCGGUGGAGGUGGAUUCAUGCUUGUUCGGUCACCCAACAACUCCUACGAAUUCAUCGACUUCCGCGAGUCGGCACCCGCUGCCGCUUUUCAAGACAUGUACAAUAACAACACGGAUGCGUCUAUAUAUGGAGGAUUGGCAAGUGGUGUACCAGGAGAGAUCAGAGGUCUCGAGCAUCUUCACAAGAAGUACGGAUCGCUGCCUUGGGCAACGUUAUUGCAACCGGCACUUCAGACAGCACGCAAAGGUUUCCCUGUGUCGACCGAUCUGGUCAAAUAUAUGAAGCUCGCCGUUGGGAAUGGCGAGGAUUUCUUGACAAAAGACCCAAAUUGGGCCUUGGAUUUUGCCCCCAACGGAACACGACUAGGCCUGGGAGACAUCAUCACACGCAAACGGUAUGCUGAUACUUUGGAGACCAUUGCACAGCAUGGACCAGACGCUUUCUACACAGGCGCAAUCGCCGAGACGAUGAUCAACGCGGUCCAAGCGGCGAAUGGUACCAUGACUGUCGAGGACCUGAAGAACUACACCGUCGCGAUUCGCAAUACUUCUCAAAUCGACUACCGAGGGUACACUAUCACGAGUACUACUGCACCUUCCAGUGGAAUCGUCGCUCUCAGUAUCUUGAAGAUUUUGAGCACUUAUAAUGAUUUCUUCACGUGUGAAAGCUCGUUGAAUUUGAGCACACAUCGCAUGGACGAAGCGAUGCGGUUUGCCUAUGGCGAGCGCACCCUGCUUGGCGAUCCAAUGUAUGUUGAAGGAAUGGACAAAUACCAGCAUGCCAUGCUAGAGCAGUCUACCAUUGAUGAAAUCAGAUCGAAAAUUUCUGACAAGAAAACACUGAAUGUCUCUGCCUACGACCCGGAGGGCCUCGAGAGCUUGGACACCCCGGGCACAUCUCAUCUUGCAACGGCAGACCACAACGGUCUUGCUAUCUCUGUGAUUACGACAAUCAAUCUUUAUUUCGGAAGCCACGUGUUGGUCCCGGAGACGGGAAUCAUCAUGAACAAUGAAAUGAACGCAGAUUUCUCCAUUCCCGGGUCUUCCAACGAGUUUGGCUACAUUCCUUCCGAAGCCAACUACAUUCGACCUGGAAAACGCCCGUUGUCCUCAAUUACCCCUGCAAUUGUCACACGUCCUGACGGAAAUCUUUUCUUGGUCGCGGGCUCAGCAGGUGGUAGUCGUAUCAUCACCGCCACGGUCCAAAACAUCAUCCAUUCGAUCGACCAGAAGUUGAGUGCAGCAGAGGCGCUCGCUAAGCCUCGACUUCACGACCAGCUCAUCCCUAACCAAGUUAGCUUCGAGUAUUCCUACGACAACACCACCGUUAAUUUCAUGAAGUCCCUCGGUCACAAUGUGACAUGGGUCGCUCCUGGACAAAGCACGGCUCAGUUGAUUCAUGUUUUGCCUAACGGAACAUUUGAUGCCGCGGGUGAGCCUCGACAGCUGGCCUCGGCUGGUUACUCUGUUUAG